AUGAAGCAUUGGGUGGGACCAUCGAAGUCGACAUCGAAUCCCGUCCACCUCACCCCCACUCGUAAUAUUGGGCACAAACUGAAGGACAUAAAGUGGGUGGACAGGGACCUCUGUUGUGUGCUUUUCUCCACUGGCACCAAAAUCACUCCUUCAACUGCCAUUCGUGCGGUACGCUACUACCAACAUGAAGAAGCGAUGCUUCGCAACCUCGAGUACGAAAAGCUGACUGCGGGAAUGUGCCGAAUGAUACGCUGUGUGAUCACCACACCUGCUGCGGUCUGCUCCCUCAAUUCAACUCAGCUUAGACGUGAAUCCAGACGUGCCCAACUUCUCGCCCCACUGGAACCUAUUCCUGGUGUCAGUGGGCGGUGCUACACACGAGAGCUAUGA